CGUCCUGGGGCUGUCCUGGGGCAGGGACGUCUGCGGGCAUCGCUGCGGGUUUGUGCCUGAGUGCACAGAGGAACUUCCAGCUCUGACUCUGAUCUUCCAGCUCUCGGUUUGCCACCCAGAGUUGCCUCCAAAGGCAGCAAGUGCUGCGGCUGUCUGUCCUGCUCAACAGUUGUCCUGCAGGGACAAAGCAGAGGGUGCUGCAGAACGCAGGAUCCAGUUUCUGCUCUCAAGAUGACAGCCAGCUUGUGCUCACGGGGAGUAUCUGGGGCUGAGAAGCGGUGAAGCUUUUGGUCUCAGGUUGGUCCUGGUCUGCGGCUCUGCCUGGGGUGAGCUCCGGUUCACACGUGGGGAACUCCCACUGAGAUGCAGUGUUUUCCAGAAGUACAAACUGUCUGAAAGCCGGUGGGAUCCACGGGCGGGGGUCGGGGCUGCGUGCUGACCCCGCAGUGCGGCGAGGGAUGGGGAUCCUACCCAGCCGGGAGAAGCCGCUCAGCGCCGCACCGUUGGCCGCCGUCCCCGCACCGUCCCCGCUGCCCACACAGGCAGCCCCGGGCGGAUUCCAGGAGCUCGCGCUGGGUGAGUUCCCUUCCGGCGCGGGCGCGACCGCUGUGCUGAGGAUGGGCGAGCAGCUCCGCGUCCUCUCUGAGGAUGGGGAGUGGUGGCUGGUGGCAUCCCAGGUGUCCGGCAAGGAGUGCCUCAUCCCCAGCAGCUGCGUGGCCAAAGUGCGGCACAGGUGGCUGUAUGAGGGCGUGAGUCGGGAGAAAGCGGAGGAGCUGCUGCUGCAGCCAGGCAACCACAGCGGAGCCUUCCUGAUCCGUGAGAGUCAGACCCGGAGAGGCGGUUUCUCACUGUCGGUGCGGCGCACUGAGCUCGCCUCAUGGGAUGCAGUCACGCAUUACCGCAUCCACCGCCUGGAGAACGGCUGGCUCUACAUCUCACCCCGCCUCACCUUCCCCAGCCUGCACGACCUCGUGGACCACUACAGCGAGUGCGGGGAGGGCCUGUGCUGCACCCUCAGGGAGCCCUGUGUCAUGGAGGUGGCAAAGGCAGCGCCUGCCCUGGUCCGGCCCGCCGUGGUGAAGAAGCCAACGCUCAACUGGGACAAGAUUGACAGCUCCGUCCUGCUCUCAGAGGCUGUGCCACCUCUGGGGGAAGGGGAGGAGGACUCCCCCAUCAGCCUGGGCCUACGGGAAGCCAUCAGCUCCUACCUGCUGCUGACUGAUGGUGUGGCUCCAGAGACUGGUCCUGCGGGGAAGGGCGUGAAGAGCAGCUGAGGGCACAGCCGCCACAGCCCCCGGGAUGGGCACCCAGGUCUGCCCCCACCAUGGGCUGCUGGGCCCUGAGCAGCACCCAGAGGGCGCAGGCUGUGGCCCUGCAGUGAGGGCACACACACCUGGUGGUAGCCACGCUGACAGCGGUGCAGUGCUGCAGGAGCUGGGAGGCCAGGGCUGCAGGCUGAGCCCAUGCAGAAGCACAGCCCCACAGCACAUGUGGGGUUCCGUGCAGCACAGAGCCUGGGCCCCCAGAGCCCCUCAGCACGAGUGGAGCAGCCCUGCCCCACAGCAGUGGCAGGAAGCCGCCCUUACCUCACCCCACAGACACGUUUAAAGCUUUAACUCAUCCAUUAAAAAGGAUUGUGCAGGGCACACAGCAACA